AUGGGCAGUGCUAACAGCCAUCAUCCUGAGCCUCCGAUGGCGAUGGAGCAGCCGCUGCCAUACCCUGAUAUGAAUGUUAUCUUCAAGGGAAUUCCUAAAAUGAUGCAGGUAAGGGGGUUUGAAAUUUGAAAUUUUUCGAACUUUUUUAAAAUUAGGAACCCUAAUAUUAGCUUUUGCUAUCUCUAGCUGUAGCCGUAGUUCUAGACUUUUGCCCUGAAUUUAGCUCUGGCUAUAGAGCUUGUCCUAGCCGUAACUUUAGCCUAAAAAUAUAUUUAAAAAUUUUCAAUUUGAAUAUUUUAGGUAGCAGACGACAUGCACGUCCUCACAGAAGCCAUAACUGACUUGAGGAAUAUGACAUUUGCUAUGAUUGCUAUUAGUUUCGCUGGCAUGUGCGUAUUUUUAGUCCUAAAGUUUAUGCAAACCAGAAGAUCGACCAUUCGACGAAGAAGACGGCUACAAAACGUAAGGUUUUAAAAUUUCAAAAAAACUAACUUUUUAAUUUUUUUUUAUUUGAAGUAUUAAAAAUAUUAAAAAAUUCAAUUUCGUUGCUACUUUUAAGUUGUUUGAAGCUAUUUCUAUCAAAUUUAUAGCAUAAAACCUUUGAAUUACAUUAACUCACGUUUUCGUGGUGGGACCCAAAAUUUCAGUUUUAUUAAACUUUUAGAUUUUAGGUAUAAAAAAGCAAAAAAAAUUAAUUUUAACCAUUUUAAAGAUAUUCAAAGCUAUUUUUAUGAAAUUACUAACCAUAAACCUUAGAAUUGUUAAACCUCAUGUUUUCGUGGUGGGACUCAAAAUUGUUAACAUUUUUUAUAAAAUUUGUUUAUAUUAUAAUAGACAAGCAUAUGAAAUUCCUUUUACACAUUUUUUACAAUUUUGUCGUAGUAAAAUAUAUUAAAUUAAUUGUAAAAAGUUAUGUUGUUGUAAAAAGACCGUCUGGCACAUUUUUUACACUGUUUUGGCAUAAAAACGUGACGAAAUGGAAGUUUUUAGACUAAAUUUAAAAUUUUUUGAAGUUUAUAAAAGCUAAAACUUAAAAUUUCAAAAUUUUUCAAAAUUAAAUUUUUUUUUUAAAUUUGAAAAUUUUUAAUAAUUUUGAUCAUUUUAGCAAACCGACUCCGAGCGCAGUUCGCUAGCCCGCCCCUAUCGUCAAUACAGUCAGAAGCCGAUGGAAUGGAGCCAUCACAAGGUGGACAUGGACAAGUUAUUGGAGAACAACUCUUCCCAAAGUAGUACUCAUACGCCGCCUGGUGCUAUUCAAAAGGCUCGUGUUGCUGACUUUACUGAGCGAAUUACUCCGCCACUUAGUAAUGGUACUGCGCCGCUGAAAGUAGGACUACAACAUACCACGUCGUGUGGUACUAACCAGAGCAUUUUGGGUGUAGUAUGACAUUAAUAUUGGUGUGAAUGAUAACAAUAUUAGAGUGUAAAUGUAUGAGAUCUUAAUGUUUGUAGGUCUUUGUUGAUUGUUUUGUCAGUUGGUACUGUUGGCGUAGGUGAUACUGAUUUUCAAAGUUUGGGAAUUAGUACCAAACGUUGAAACACCUUAGUUAAAUUUAGUUAAAUUACAACACCAACCUGUAAAACUACCGUACUGUCGGUAAUGCCACUUAGUACCAUCGAAAGCUCCUUAGUACCAUUUACAGUACCAAUAAGUACCAAAUGACAUAACUUAACCGUGUAACCCGUCUCAGUGUCAUAAUUGUGUUUUCUUGUCUAGAAUCUCUCCAAACCAAGUGCUCUCUCACCGCGCGAUCACCAAGAUUGCCAUUAUUUUUAUCGGGUAUAUUCGUACGAUUAACAAUGUACUGUUCUGUUUCUUGUUUACAUGUAUGAUACUAAAUAUACAACAAUAAAGUAUACUAAUAUAUUGUAACAGUUGAUUGCCGUAUCUUAACUAAAAUUUUUUUAUUUUUGCUAAAAAAUAUUUUCUUUGGUAGCCUUAGCUCUGGCUUUGGCCCAAGCUUUAGGUUAGAACUCUACUCCAGAGAUCUCGCACAAAGCCCUAGCUUAGAGGCUUAGCCCAGAGCCCUAGCCCAGAGCUCUAGCUCAGAGCCCUAGCCUAGAGCCCAAGCCUUACUAGUUAGUUUUAGAAUUCAGCUCAACUGUGUUAUUUUCAAAAUUUUAAAGUACGUUGCCAUAAGAUUGUUCCAAAUCUGACAAACACUUUAAAAAUGCAUUUGCGUACAUCAUUGAGUCCAGGGAUUGUCUUCAGAUAAUCUGUCAAAACAUAUUACAAACCGCAAAGACGUACCCUUGGAUUGUUAGAUUAGAGUCUGUAAAAUUUGUUUACGCAGAAUUAUUAAUUGUUUCCAAAAUUUCGUUACAAAUUGAUCGUAUCUUAUACGAGAUUAUCUGCUUAGAAUGGUAUCACUUCUUGUUUACACUUUGAAUUUAAUUUUUUGAACUCAAAAGUUAAGUAGGCUUACGAAUUAUAAUAAUUAGAGAUUUUUGCAAAUUAAAAACCUUGCCUUGCCUUGUCUUGUCUUGCCUUGCCUUGCCUUGCCUUGCCUUGCCUUGCCUUGCCUUGCCUUGCCUUGCCUUGCCUUGCCUUGCCUUGCCUUGCCUUGCCUUGCCUUGCCUUGCCUUGCCUUGCCUUGCCUUGCCUUGCCUUGCCUUGCCUUGCCUUGCCUUGCCUUGCCUUGCCUUGCCUUGCCUUGCCUUGCCUUGCCUUGCCUUGCCUUGCCUUGCCUUGCCUUGCCUUGCCUUGCCUUGCCUUGCCUUGCCUUGCCUUGCCUUGCCUUGCCUUGCCUUGCCUUGCCUUGCCUUGCCUUGCCUUGCCUUGCCUUGCCUUGCCUUGCCUUGCCUUGCCUUGCCUUGCCUUGUCUUGCCUUGCCUUGCCUUGCUCUUUCAAUCUGUGCUCUAGCGUACUAUACUUUAUUCUACCUUACCGUACCUUAUAUGACCAUGCUCUAUCAUACUAUACCUUACCGUACUUUACCUUUCUUUACUUUACUUUACCUUACCGUAACUUAUCUUACCUUACCCUGUCCUAGUAAAAUAAUUAAUAAAAAAUUUUACAGUACUCACCCAACUUCCGUCAAACGUAAAAUUAAUCAACUGAUUACGUAUAAAACAAAACCUCAAUCAAUCAGUAAAUUGUAAGAUUUCAACAAUUUUUACUCACAGUACUAAUUAGCACAUUGAGAUGGUAUAAGAUUUCUGGAAAUCUCGUCAAUUCAUUUUUAAAACAGCUCUUAAUCUCAAUAGCUGUUUACGUUUAAUUAGUCGAAAUUAGAGCCAAAAGUACAGUAUUCAGUCUGCAUACGUUGACUAGUAAAUGGGAUUAGUGGCUAUAAUUAGCCAAUCAUUAAAUUUUGUUUUUUGAAAUUUUGCAAUUUUUAAUCAUUUAAGCGUGUUUUAAUAUAAAAAUUUUAAAUUUAAGCUUUGAGAAUUUAACAAGAUUUGCUUUUUUUUAAAUUUUUGAAGUUUCAAAAAUAACUUUUUGUAAAAUACGGUUAUUUUCAUAUUAAAAUUGAUAUUUUAGCGCCUAGACCCAGUCAAGCUAAUGAUCGAUGAAGUGCCUUAUGUCGACUCUACUGAACUGUCGUACCACCAUCAUUGA